UCCCAUGCGCCAACCCUCUUGUGCCUCUCAUUGUUUGGUCAUUGACUUCAGCAGGUCUUCUCUCUUUGUCUCCUUUGUAUCGUUCACAAUAUCUCUGUUCUUGUUGUUCUUCACCACCAUUGAGCUACCAUCGAAUCCUGAAACCAAUUUCACUUUUCUGAGGAGCCGUCGUGCAUCAGAUAGAAUGCAAUGACGGAGGGUGUCUCUGACAUGCAACCUCACCGGGGGAGUGAGAGCAUAGCUGAGGCGGAUGGCGGACACCCUCAGAGUGAGAUUGUUGAGAGCAAUAGCCUCCCUACUCCAGAAUCGCGCGAUGAUGGUCAGAUGGCAGAUGAAGCAGCCGACAUCGAAAGCCAGCAAGAUAGCAAGAUGGUUGAAAUUAAAGACCAAGAUUCUGGCAACAGCUCCAGCAGGUCAGCAUCACUCAAUAGCCAUGAAGUCAGGAUCAAGACUGAUUUUGUGUUCUUGUGGAGGUUGCGAAAGUAUUUGCUACUUCUUGCUGUGCUAGCUGUUAGUGUCACAUACAAUGCUGGACUGAGUCCACCAGGGGGAUUUUGGACGGACGACAGCCCUGUCCAUCAUGCUGGUGAUCCUCUCCUUCCAUCUAAAUUCUUCCAGCGAUAUGAAGCAUUCUUUUACUGCAAUGCAACAGCCUUUGCUGCAUCUCUGGUCUUAAUCAUCUUGCUUCUAAGUAGGGGUGUGGCCAAUCAGCAUUUAUGGCUUCGUGCGAUGCAGGUUACCAUGAUAUUGGACCUCUUUAGCCUUAUGGGGGCCUAUGCUGCAGGGAGUUGCAGAGCUCUAAAGUCUUCUGUUUAUAUAUUGGUGCUAGUUUUAUCUGUUUUCUUCUAUGUUGGAAUCCACAUUCUAGUAUUCAUAAGGGUGGUUCCAAAAUGGUUAAAAGAGGGUGUACAAACAUUUAUGCAUCAAACUGUACAGAAGCUGCAAAGAAUGCUGAAGCAAGUUCUAACCAUUUGUCAUCUCCCCAAGAAGCAAAGGAGCAACCAAAAUGAUAAGGAAGAAAUCGAGGAAGCUCGUAAGUUCAUAUUGAUGCUCUCAACUUUUGCUGCUACUAUCACAUACCAAGCUGGAAUGAGUCCACCUGGUGGCUUUUGGGCUGAAAACAGUCAUGGCUACCGUCCAGCUACUUUUGUUCUUCGCAGGCACAACCUUCGCCGCUUCAAUAUUUUCACCUGUUCCAAUGCAACUUCUUUUGUGGCAUCUUUGGUCACAAUCAUAUUACUUCUGAGCACAGAAUUGAGCCGGCAUGGGAUAAGGACUCAGGCAUUGUUUGUGUGUGUCAUAGCCGAACUGUUUGGUCUGAUUUUUGCUUAUGCUGCAGGAAGCUGCAGGGAUGUUGCAACAUCACUGUCUGUGAUCUUCAUAAUUGUUGUGGUUUUAAUAUGUGCCUUGAUCCUUGUUAUGUUCUUUCAAUCCAGAACUGUAACAAUUUGGAUCGAUAAUGCAUUGAGACCUAGAUUUGACCAUUUUCUAGAAAUGCUUUCAUGGCCACGGGAAAACCGGUUAUCAGAUGGAAAUCGAGAAGGACCCUUGUCAAGUUCUCGGCAGGAUACAGAUCAUGGAAAUUUGGGUGACCAAUCAACUGAAGAUGUAAAAUCUGCACCAACCAAUGAUUUGGAAAGCAUAAAAGAUAGCAUACCCAAUAUGGCAAAUCAACUUCAUGAUCAGAAAGAUAAUUUGGCCAUUGCAACAGUACACUCUUCAUCAGCAGAUGUACCAAGUAGAAAAGGUCCUCUGCCAGAGCAGGUCUUGUCCGAACCAAUUUCAGCACUUGGUGAUCGGACAGUAUCAGCUGAUGUGCCUGACACUGAACAUAAUAUAGCCAAGUGCCAGAGGGAUCGUGAAGAACAAACUCAAGAACUGAGCGGUCAUCAUGAUAGUUCAGAGGCUGAUGGAGAAGUCAGAAAGUCGGAGGAUGGCAUUGUGAGCAAUAAUGAUGGCACAAAGGAUAAAGGUAGAAUCAGUGGUGACAGCGAGAAAAACCCAGAUGAUGUUCGUCUUAAGAAGUCACGCACAUACCUAUUGCUUCUUGCAAUUCUUGCAGUUUCCUUGACAUAUCAGGCGGGUAUAAAUCCACCAGGUGGCUUUUGGACAUCAAAUACCCCUAGUCACUCAGCUGGUGAUCCCAUCCUUGAGGAUAAUUACCAUAAGAGAUACCUUGCAUUCUUUUAUUUCAACGCGAUUGCCUUUCUAGCUUCUCUUGUCAUGCUCAUUAUGCUCCUGAACAGGAAGAUGAGCAACAAGGUUAUAAAACGCCGUGCACUACAAACGGCGAUGAUAACUGACUUACUUGCUCUAUUGGGGGCUUUUGUUGUUGGGAGCUGCAGGGAGAAAACAAAGUCCAUUUACAUAUCAGUGGUGAUAUUUUUUGUAGUAGUUGCAUAUACUUUUCUUCAUGUUUUGGCUUCAAAGUAUGCAGUUCCUGAACAGUGGAAACAAUUGUUUAAGCGGCGACAGGAUGUACUACAAGAACAUCAUGUAGAUAAUGAUGCAAAGGAUGCUCAUGAGAAGGACUUGGAGCGGAGGCGUAAUUUGCUAUUCAUUCUUGCUAUUCUAACAGCAACUGUCACAUAUCAAGCUGGCCUGAACCCUCCAGGUGGCAUUUGGCCUGAUGGGAGUGGCAAACCUGGCAAUCCAGUUCUUCAAGAUAGCCAUCCAAAGCGUUAUGAUGUUUUCUACUAUUCAAAUGCUCUCUCAUUUGUGUCAUCUGUGGCUGUUAUCAUACUACUUGUCAAUAGGGAAUCGUGCGAGCAUGGAAUCAAGUCCUACGCACUGCGUGUCUGCUUGAUAGCGGGUUUGCUUGGUCUCCUGAUUGCUUAUUCUGCAGGAAGCUUCAGGAAAGUAAAAUCAAUAGGUUAUCUCAUUAUCAUAACUGCUGCAGUUCUCAUCUGUCUUUUAAUUCAAGUUCUUGUACUGUCAUCAACAAAUGAUGCACUAGAACCGCCAGCCAGGUCAGGGAGAUGGUUACAGAAGUUUUUUGGGCUUGCUGAUUCUCAAAAGUCACUAGCAAGUCCAGGUCAGUCAAAAAAUGAAAGUGACAAGUCAGAUCCCCUUAUCAAUGAAAAGAAAGAAAAGAGGCAUAAGUACUUGAUGCUGCUUGCAAUUCUUGCUGCAUCCAUUGCUUACCAAGCUGGUCUGAACCCACCCGGGGGUUUCUGGUCAGAGGACAGUCGUGAUGGCUACAAGGCUGGCAACCCGCUCCUUAAGGACAUACACUCCAGACGCUAUAUGGUGUUCUAUGUUUCUAAUUCCAUCUCUUUCAUGGCAUCUAUUGCUGUAAUCAUGCUUCUGCUGAGUAAAUCUGUGAGAAAGAAUAAGGUUCCACUCCAAGCAUUGUUCUUGAUCAUGAUACUAGACCUGUUGGCUCUGAUGACAGCUUAUGCAGCUGGAAGCUGCAGAAAGGUCAGAACAUCAAUAUUUGUCUUCUUGGUAGUAUGCGGGGUGGUGCUAUACCUUAUGAUUGUAAUUAUUUUAUUGAGUGGUAUCGCAAAAUGGCUGAAAGAAAGGAAAGGUAGGUGGCCUCUGUGCUGGAGAAUAACAAGGAGUAACAAAAUAACAAGGAGCUGAGCAGAUUGUUGGAACAAUGUUUUCAAAUUCCUUGAUCAUUUGGUUCAAGAAAUCAAAAGGACAGUAAUAGGUGGAGGUAGACUGUGUCUUGUAUCACAUAUAAGUUCUCUUAAGUCAUUUUGAAUAGUUCAGUGUGCUUGUCAUUUCGUUUUAGUUGUUUCCCAAGUUUGGCUAGGGGGCAGUAGUCGCACAUGUUCUCAAUUGUCUGCCCCAUUCUUUUACUUCUUAAUGCUAUGAUGUGCGAACGUCUUGCAGGUUGUUGAAAAAAAAAACUCCUUUUUGCCACUGUUGUGAUGUCUUUGUAUUUUAGAUGAAAAUCAUGUCUUUGGUUUUUGUUCAGGACUA